GACGAUCACCCAGCGAGAACGUUAGUCUUCGACUAGCUAUUCAAUUGUGCGUGCGCGGUGGACGGUGGAAGCGUUUUUGUACGAUUUUCGUUUUUUAAUAUUUUGCUUCCGGUUAGUUAAGUGAGUGAGCGGAACGAUGAUGGAACCGUUGGACGCGAUCAUCACCGUGGUGAUGAUCGCGCUGGCCGUUUACCUGUUUCUGGACAAAAAACACUCGUACUGGGCCAAUCGGGGAGUUCCGUUUGUGAAACCGGAGUUUUUCUACGGGAACGUCAAGAAAAUGUCGCGGACGAUACAGGUUGGGAAAAUGUUUCAACAGUUUUAUAAUGAAUUGAAAGGGCGCAGUCCAUUCGGCGGGAUUUACAUGUUUACGACCCCGGUGGCUGUGGUGACGGAUCUUGAGCUGCUGAAGUGUAUCUUCGUGAAGGAUUUCCAAUACUUUCAUGAUCGAGGGACUUUCUACAGCGAGAAGGCUGACCCGCUGACGGCGCAUAUGUUCAAUCUGGAAGGAAACAAGUGGAAGAUGCUACGGAAUAAGCUGUCGCCGACUUUUACCUCUGGCAAGAUGAAGAUGAUGUUUCCUACGAUUGUUUCUGCGGGAAAGCAAUUCCAUGACUUCAUGGACGAAAAGGUUAAGCAGGAGAGCGAGUUUGAAUUGAAGGAUUUGUUGGCGAGAUUUACCACAGAUGUUAUCGGUAUGUGCGCUUUCGGAAUUGAGUGCAACUCUAUCAAGAAUCCAGAUGCACAGUUUCGAGUCAUGGGGCGGAAGUUAUUUACGUCUCCUUUGAGUAAGCCAAAAUCGUUUUUGAUGAACACCAUGCCCAAGGUGGCGAAGCUUUUGAGGAUGCGAAUCACACCAGUGGAUGUGUCGGACUUCUUCAUGAACGUGGUCAGAGAAACGAUCGAUUACCGGAUUAAAAAUAAUGUGCACAGGAAUGAUUUCAUGGAUUUGCUCAUACAGAUGAGGAAUCCAGAUGAGAACAAGAGCAGCGAGGGGCUUUUAUCGUUUAAUGAAAUUGCUGCCCAGGCAUUUGUGUUCUACUUGGCCGGAUUUGAAACCAGCUCAACGUUGUUAACGUGGACACUGUACGAGUUGGCCAUGAAUCAGGAUAUCCAGGAGAAAGGAAGACAGCAUGUAAAGGAUGUUCUAGAGAAACACAAUGGACAGAUGACGUAUGAGUCGAUAACCAGCAUGAAGUAUUUGGAUCAGAUUUUGAACGAGGCCUUACGUAAAUAUCCACCUGUCCCAGUGCACUUCCGGGAAACAUCCAAGGACUACAACGUUCCGGAUUCGGAUAUGGUCAUCGAAGCUGGUACCCGUCUGUUUGUCCCUGUCUAUGCCAUCCACCAUGACGCCCAGAUAUUCCCUGAUCCAGAACGAUUCGACCCGAAUCGGUUCAGUCCAGAGGAAGAGCAAAAGCGUCAUCCUUACGCGUGGACUCCGUUUGGCGAAGGGCCGCGAAUUUGCAUUGGUUUGCGAUUUGGUAUGAUGCAAGCACGGAUUGGUUUGGCUUAUCUGCUGAAUAGUUUCAAAUUUUCCAUCGGCGAGAAGUGUACAGUGCCGCUGGAGUUUGACGUUAAGAGCUUCAUUCUUGCUCCGAAAGGGGGAUUGUGGUUAAAAGUGGAAAAGAUAUAGUGGAGUCUGUUGAUACUUCUAGUUAUAAAAUUACUGAUGAUAACUCUAGUCUAAUAAGUUAGUUAUACAUUAUCGUCAAAUGAUCUAAAAAUAAAGAAGAUUCAUAGUGCCACUUCAA